GGAGAGAGGGUGCUUGCGAGGGAUCCUCGGUGUGCCGGGGCGGGCGAAGGAGAACGGGGAAGGCCAUACGCCCCUCCACCAGUGCGUAGGGCCCUCCUUCUUACCCUGGGAAGGGAGCCCCGCACGAAGCCACCCGGAAACCUAACGGGGGGCAGAGGCAGCUGGCGGCUGAUCCACCGGGAACCUCCCGGCUCCCACCAGCAAACCACAUCAGCAUCACCCCGUCCCUCCGUCUCUCUCCCCCUGUGCUUUAUUCCUCUGCCUUUCCCCAUUCUCACUCCUCCACUGCUUGCACCCUCGCCGCCCCUCGCCUUGGGGAGGACAAAAAAAGCUCCAGCGGUGCGUGCCUCUGUGUGUGUGUGUGUGUGUGCGUGCGUGCGUGUGUAGGGGAGGCUGGAGCGGGGUGGGACCGAGGAGCCGUGAUUACAGCUCUCCCUGGAGAAGAAGAUUGCUCUCUCCAGAUGCUGAUUUCUGAAGCACUUGGCAAUCAUCAGGCGGGAGCCAGGAAGAGGCGGCGGUAGCCGCCCCGGCCGUGGCGAUGGCAGCGGCGGGCGAGCGGUCGGCGGCGGCUCGGGGCUGAGGGGCAGCCCCGGGAGGCGACGCUGCCUGGCGGACCCGACCCGAUCGACCCGACCCGACCGGGCGCGGCUCUGCCCUGAGUCCCACUCGCUCCGUGCCGCUCCGCUCCGCCAGCCCGCCCGCAGACAUCCGCCCGAGCAAGUGCCCCUGCGCCGGGACACGGCGGGAGGGACGGCGGGGCACCCAUGCGGUGACCCUCGGCGGCGGCAGCUCCCGCCGGCCGCAGGGUGCCGGUGCCCCUCCGCAGCCGUGCCUCGGGCCGGAGGAGGCUCCCCCUCGCCCGCGCCCCCGGGGAUGGGUUCCCGCCGGGGCUGAGCGCCUCGCCGCCUCCCUCCUCCCUGCCCGGCGUGGGCGAGCCGGCGAGCAGCCAUGGCAGCGGCCAUCGCCAGCGGCUUGAUCCGCCAGAAGCGGCAGGCAAGGGAGCAGCACUGGGACCGGCCCUCGGCCAGCAGGAGGCGGAACAGCCCCAACAAGAACCGCGGGCUCUGCAAUGGCAACCUGGUGGACAUCUUCUCCAAGGUCCGCAUCUUCGGGCUCAAGAAGCGGCGGUUGCGGCGCCAAGAUCCCCAGCUCAAGGGUAUAGUGACCAGGUUAUAUUGCAGGCAAGGCUACUACUUGCAAAUGCACCCCGAUGGAAGUCUCGAUGGAACCAAGGAUGACAGCAGUAAUUCUACUUUAUUCAACCUUAUACCAGUGGGACUUCGAGUUGUCGCUAUCCAGGGUGUAAAGACUGGGUUAUAUAUAGCCCUAAAUGGAGAAGGUUUCCUCUACACAUCAGAACUUUUUACACCAGAGUGCAAAUUCAAGGAGUCUGUUUUUGAAAAUUAUUAUGUAAUCUACUCAUCCAUGCUCUACAGACAACAGGAGUCCGGGAGGGCCUGGUUUUUGGGGCUGAACAAAGAAGGGCAGGUCAUGAAAGGAAACAGAGUGAAGAAAACAAAACCAGCAGCUCAUUUUCUACCCAAGCCAUUGGAAGUUGCCAUGUAUCGAGAACCAUCUUUGCAUGAUAUUGGAGAAACAGUGCCAAAGGCUGGGGUAACUCCAAGUAAAAGCACAAGUGCAUCUGCAAUAAUGAAUGGCGGCAAACCAGUGAACAAGAGCAAGACAACAUAGCCAGAUCCUCACAGGUGUUGUGACUUUACUGAGUCCUGAGUACAGUUGAGUGAUUUAUCCUUGCCAGACUUCCCCUCGGCCGUGUCUGUGGAUCAGCUUGCGGCAAGUCACCAACUUGCCCGUUGCUCUUUCUGAACUGAGUUGUUGCAAGUGGAUAAAUCUCAACAUGUAGCUCCACCACAACAAGAAGACACCUGGAUGAACCAGCUAAACUCAGACCAUGGAAUGCCCUACCAGAUAUUGGAAUGCCUUUUUAAUAUCUUUUCUGUGACUGUGACACUUCAUGUGAAUGACAUACUUCACAAGUACACUUGAUACCUUGCCUGCUGACAAUUGCCCAUAAUCCCUUUUUGAGUCCAGUUUCAGCAAAAUCCAUGUGUUUAAGUUCUAUUUUGUAGCACACAAAUAAUCAAGUAAUUUCUAGUUAGAUGCUGUAAACCUGUGCUAUUAUGGAUUUCUCUUCUUCCCUUUUUUAUAAGGCUGCUCGCUCCACUGUUUGUGACCUUUUGCAAGGAUUGUGUUUCUCUAUAACUUAAGUGUUGCCGGUGGCUUAGUUUUGAAAGCAAUCAGGGAAUCAGGAAGCCUUCAAAAAUCUAUUAUUACAAAUUAUAUCUAUAAAGAAUAGGAUUGUUGUCUCUGGCUUAAAAUAUUGAUUAAAUGUGAAUACUCUUUAGUAACAGAUACUGUGCUUCUGAGGUUGGCAUUGAAGUGAAGAGUGUCAAACACAACCAACGGGGAGUUUUCUGAAAUGUGUGUUUGGCAUCCCACUAUAGUUUCUUUUUGUGUGUGUGUUUUAUACAUAUCACAGGCUUACUGGUAAUGGUAACAUUUGCCUUGCCCAGCGAGCAAGACCCACUCAUUUUUGGAAAAGUGGGUCCAAAGAAUUUUGUAGGCCUUGUAGGCCUGAAUUAAGGCUCAUUUUUCAUCUACUAAAUCUUCAUUGUUUGAAAAACAACCACCACCAAUAAAAAAAAAUAAAAAGUAAGACUAAUCAGAAUUGCGCUACCUAAAUCCAUUUCAAAUAUAAUCCUUUCCUGUUUUUAAGGAACCGAACUUAAUGCCAUUGUUAUUUUUGGCUGAAUCCCACACCUACUUAGCAAAGCAUGGGCAAGGAUGCUGUUGUGUUCUAUUUUGCAGCACCAAUGCAAAGGGUAGUUAUAAAUUAUAGGUUAAUAUUUCUGGUGUUUUAAAAAAGAAGUUUUAAAACUGGACAUAUUACAAAACUUUAUUUUUAUUUUUAGCUAAGCAUGCAAAGUCCGGUCCUAUGUAUUUCACUGAUAUCCCAGUAUGUACCUCCACCCAGCUUCCUAGGAUAACAUGCCCACCAAAUUGCUAGAUUGAAGGUGCCUUGCCUUGAUCUCUAUAUACUGUACUUUCUCCUACAUGAACCUAGAAGAAAUCAAAAACAUCAUAAAAUUGAAGCCUUGGGUCAUAUUACCAGAAACAACAUCAACCCUUUGAGUUUGUCACUUGUGAACAAUUAAGUCAAUGUUGUGGGGGAUGAAGGACAGGAGGGUGGGGGAUGAAGGACAGGAGGGUGGGGGGAAAAUUUAGAGAACACCACAGAGAUGCCACUGAAGUUUUUGCACACUUAGUCACAGGCUUUCAGAGGAUUAAAAACAUGGGCACUCUCUGUAUGCUUAAGAAGGUAUUUGCUUCUUAGAAAUGGCAGCAAAGAUCAAACUGUAUCUCAGUCUGGAAAACUGUGGCAACACUCUCUUGGCCUCUUGCUGUUACCUUGAUAUUUAAAGACAAAAAGAGGAAACCAUCCAUUCCUUUUUUAGCACAGUAUUUCUGGCAAUUUGUUUUAUCACAUCUUUGUGCUGAAUUCCCUAAAAGAGACUGCUGAUUAUUUCAAACUCCCUGUCUGCUCAGCUGAACAACUGAUUCAGUCUGAAUGAACCCUUCAUACUACUUUUCAAAUGUGUUCUGUUUUUAUAAGCAACAUUUAGUGCACUCUUCAAGGAGGCUACUGUAAGCUGCUAAAUUCUAGAUAAACUUUUUCUUUUUUUUCUGUAGGUCAGACUUCUUUUUGUAUAUGUGAUAUGAGAACAGCAAGAUAAUGCUUGAUGUUGGGUCUUUCUAGGGAGGGAAUGAGUUAAGCAUGAAGCCCUCUAUCCAUGUAGAGAAAAAAAAAUACAAACCUAAUCUAAAACUGUGAUAAAAAUGCAAAGAAACUUUGACUUAAGACUGUGCCCUUGCCUGCUAGCACUAAAUCUGUGUGCGUGGGGAAAACAACACUUUAUUAAAAACUUUGGUGUGCCCUUCUCAUCCCAUCUGGUCCAGUGGGAUUUGUGCACCAUCCCUGAGAAAACAAAAUCAAACCAAAGCAACUCAGAUGGUGAGCUGGGGGCUUGCUCUGCACUGCAGGCCCCAUGAGAGGCAGCAGCCUUGAUGCUGUACUGUCAGCAGGGUCCCACUGUGGCCCCAGGCCUUCCUACAGUUAUAAGAGGAGAACUUGACAAUAUUUCAAGUAAGAUAAAACAGCUGAAGGCUACAUUCUCUCUCACCUGAUUCAUGAGGAGGGAAUACAUGAGUUCAUGUCCCAUUCAGCUGUCUUUUUACUCAUCCAUUGUAAGAGCCUGAGGAGAGACAGGGCUGGAGACCUGGCUGAGCCAUGCAAGGAGGAUCUGGUUUAUUGCCUGAUCCUAUAUAGGCAUUGUUUUCAACAUUAACCUUUUGGUCCUGAGUAACUAUGAUCUGUGAACCAGUUUGGGAGGCUAUAAUUAAGGCCAGAUUUAAUUUCUUUAAGCAGUUAGUACAUACUGAAAAUACAGCUUUUUUUUUUUUUUAAUUAUGGUCUUCUGAUUUUGUUUCUGUGGGCUAAAUUCAUAUGAGUGUUUAAUCCAAUGAAUCAAUGUCCUAAUUUUUUUUCUACAAUCUGUUUAAACAUAACAAAGGUAUCUUUGUGCAUUGUUUCCUCCCUUUAAUUUUGUCUUGUCUCAUCUGUUGCAUGGGAAGAGUAUGGCAAGGAUGAACUAACUGCAUGUUGUAGGUUGUCUGUCAAAGAACUGUUGGUCAGUGUUACAAAUUUACAUACAUAUAUGCAAAGAGUUUGUCCGCAUUGUACAGUUUGUGUUUAUUCUUAUUUGUUGUAUACACAGAUUCAACAUGAUGAAUAAAACAUUUAUAUGAAGGCAUACUGGAAACCAACAAAAAAGUUUAUGUAAGAAGCAGACUGUGCAAAGCAUCAUUGCACUGGCCACAGGAUGGUGAAACUUCAUGUAAAUAGGUUGGCAAACUCAGUUCUCCCCCUUUACCAUGCCAAAGAAAAUUUCAGCUCCUUAAUAUAAUACCUCUCUUGCUGUUCUCCAGGAUGAGACUUCACCAUUUUAUUCCCUCUAAAAUUAAUUUUGCUGUUAAGUGAAAGCUGUUUUCAACUGUCUGUUACUACUAAAGUACUGUAUAGUAAACCUGAUGGAAUCAAUUUGUAUUUACAGAUUGGGGUUUUUGUACUUACAUGUGCAGCUGUCUGUGAAUCUGCAGCGUUCCAGGUCUUCUGCAUGCUUACUUUGUAUUUUGUUCUUCUGGGUUUUCUCUAAUCUCUGAGAGACUGUUCACACUGCAAUCUAACCUCAUCUUACCAUUUUAUAUGUUAACACUGCACAAAGUCAUUCUCUCCUUUUCUCGUUUUAAAUCUGUGUUUCAGCUACAGUUCUAUUUAGCAAAAUCAGUCACACCUGCACAGUUUUAGAGAUCCAGUUUUGAGGAGAUAUGAACUACUUCAACAAAGCACCAUUUUGCUGUACUUCAAAAAUUUUAUAAAUA